CGUUGAUUGUCGGAUUAAAAAAAAAUAGACGUCAUCACUCUUAUCAAAACGCGAUAACGUAAAUAAAAAUCUUUUUGAUUCAGAACAUUACGAAUUAACUAUUGUUAGUUUCUCCGAGUGAACAAAGUUCGCUAUGUCUGCGUUUAAGAAUUUUAAAUUAUUUAAAGUGCUCAAUGUGAAACAUCCACAAGUUAAUAUCAAGAGAAACUUAAAUCUACAGGAGUAUCAUAGUAAAGAUCUUCUAAGAAAGCAUCAGGUUACUGUUCAAGAUUUCCGCAUACUGGAUACUAAAUUAGAUACGACACCUCUUUCUGAUUUCAAGGCCAAUGAAUACGUAGUGAAGGCUCAAAUUCUUGCCGGUGGCAGAGGCAAAGGCCACUUUGAUAACGGGUUCAAAGGUGGUGUUCAUCUGACUAAGAAACAAGAUGAAAUUGUACCUCUAGCAAAGAAUAUGCUUGGGCAUAAGCUCAUUACUAAGCAGACACCAAAAGAUGGUAUAAAGGUAGAUAAAGUCAUGGUGGCCGAGAGUGUAAACAUAAAACGGGAAACAUACCUAAGUAUAAUAAUGGAGAGGAGCUACAAUGGUGCUGCUAUAGUAGCUUCACCAGCUGGUGGCAUGGAUAUAGAAACUGUUGCAGAGGAAACACCUCAUCUGUUGAAAACAGUUCCAAUUGAUAUUUAUGAAGGUGUUACUGAUAAGGUUGCUAAUCAAAUAGCAGAAUUCUUAGAAUUUAAGGGUCCCCUGAGGAGCAAAUGUGCACAAGAAAUAAAAAAUCUAUGGCAACUAUUUAUGAAGGUAGAUGCAACACAGCUGGAAAUCAAUCCUCUGGUUGAAACUGAUGAUGGCAGAGUGGUAGCAGUUGAUGCAAAAAUCAAUUUCGAUGACAAUGCAAAGUUUAGGCAAGCUGAUAUAUUUGCCCUUGAUGAUGUUUCAGAAACUGAUCCUAGAGAGAGGGAUGCAGCAGCUCAAAACCUUGUCUAUAUUGACAUGGAUGGCAGCAUAGGGUGCAUGGUCAAUGGUGCUGGCCUAGCCAUGGCCACCAUGGACCUGAUUAAUUUGAAUGGUGGCAGACCAGCCAAUUUCUUGGAUUUGGGUGGUGGUGUUGGGCAGGCCCAAGUUGCUGUUGCCCUGAAAAUCCUGGAGUCAGACCCUAAAGUUAAAACCAUUUUUGUGAAUGUCUUUGCUGGUAUUGUCAACUGUGCUACAAUUGCUAAUGGGAUUGUAGCAGCUUGCAAAGAAAAUCCACCAAAGCAUGCUAUGGUCAUAAGGCUGGAGGGCACCAACUCUGCAGCUGCCAGGAAAAUUUUAGAGGAAUCUGGAUUCCCUGUUACUAUCUUAAAUGAUGCAGAUGAGGCAGCUAAGAUGGCUGUUAAAUUAGCUCAACAGAAAUAAUCAAAUAUAAUUUAAUAAUGUAGAAAAAGAAAACGGCUCUGGUGUUGAAUCCCUUACUUAAUAUGAAUUUAUUCAUUAGUAUAAUGUAAGCUAUGUGCAUUUCAUUCCCAUGGCAAACUAAUCCAGUGGAUUGUAUCUUUAAAAUUCUUGCAUUUUAGAAAAUAACACUUCAUUUGCUGUGACUAACACUUUUUUGUAUAGGUGCUAUCCCUAGUGUAAAGACUGAUAAACAAUAUUUUCACCUAACCAACCAUGGUUAGUUAAUUUUUAAUAUUCGACAUGGCAUUCGGCCGCAGUCCACGCGAUCAUAAAUGCACAAAAAAUG